AUGGACGGACAGGACAUUGAGCAGAAGAUUACAGAGUUAGAAGACCAAGCCAAUAAAUUCCAUGAGGAUCUUAAAUACCUAGAAGCUAUAGACACCCUAGAAGAAUUAUUGGUGCUUAAGAAGGAAGAAUAUGGCACCACCGGACCGGAGUUUACCAAGACUUGUAGACAACUCUGAGAGAUUUCUAAUAUUUUAUCUGUGUUUUACCUUAAAUAAAGAUGCUACCAAGCAAGCUUAUGACAUUCUGAAAAAGUCAGAAGCCCUCUGAGAUAAUAACGAGCUUGGUAAAGCAAUGACUUAUAAUAAUAUGGCUUGAUAUUACAGAAGAGUUGGAAAAUUAAGAACUGCAUUGAAAUUUUUAGAGCAAGCUCUGAGCAUCGAAAGCAGAUUAAAUAAAAUAGAUACUCAAGCAGAUACACAUUUGAACAUCUGAGCUGUGCUUUCCCAGUUAAAUAAACAUGCUCUAGCACUAAAUCAUGCAAUGUCUGCGGUGAUUCUUCUCCAAGAAGACCUCCUCUUCAAAGCAGUCAAUGGUGAUAAGAAAGACGAAGAUGAUGAAGACCCUAUCGAACUCAAAACAAAGAAUAACAAAGACCCCAACAAAGACCGCAAGUCUGUGCUUGCAAUUGCCUACCACAACAUGGGGGUGGAGCAGGAGUUCUUGAGGUCUUAUCACGCUGCCAUCAUGAGCUACAAGAAGGCAGUCAACUUUGCAGAAAAGAAUUUAGGGCCUGACAAUGGAAUAACUGAAAACUUAAGAAAUGUAUACGAAAAUGCAAGGUCAGAACUUGAUCCUUCCUUUAAGAAGAAAAAGCCAACUGGAAAGAAAAAGAAAGGAGACCGCCUUAGGAUGCAACAAGAUAUUGCUGGAGAGGAUCAGGACCUUCCUGAUACAAUUGGCCAUCACGAAGAUGAGGAUAAACUAGACAUGGAAGGUGAACACGAUGAAGAUGAGGUUGAAGAAGACGAGGAUCAGUAG